AUGGAUUCUAACGUUCCGUUAUACGAUUUGGAAUCCAUGUCAUGCACGGCACAACAUAGCAGUGCAUUAGCAGCUCUUCGUCUACUUAGAAGUUACAACCACUUUCUAGUACCUCCAGAUGUCCAUGGAGUUGUUCCACUACUAGCAUCUCUGCCGCAGACUCCCUGUCUGCCGGCGUACUGUCAGCAUCUACCAGUCAGAACACCGCUUCUAUCACCAGCAAGUUUGUCUGACGUCGAAAUCAGAAGACGUGGUGAGAAGAGGCCUAUUCCUGCGGAACUCAAAGAUGAGAAAUACUUCGAAAGAAGACGACGCAACAACCAAGCUGCGAAAAAAUCGAGAGACGCUAGAAGAGUUAGGGAAGAUCAGAUAGCAUGGCGUGCUUGCUACCUAGAACAAGAGAAUGCAUCUCUACGCGCGCACGUCGCCGCUCUCCGUCAGGAGGCGCUAGCGUUGCGCGCGCUUUUGUCACAACCUGCGCACGCGCAUUGCGUACUGGACACCUCACCUCAAGAAACUCGUAUUCAUAGUCAUUCGUGUACACUAGACUCACAGGGCGCACCUACUUCAACUACGGCUGAUUAA